GUGGGAAGGCACGGGUGCAGAGAGGGGCCCUUCCUCGCCUGAACAACGCAGCAUGUCGCAGGUCGUUCUCCGCCGUAGCACCAUGAAGAUUGUCGGGUUCCUUCUCGUCAUCCAUUUGACUGGAACCGCUCAAUACUCUCCAUCGGCCGGGAAGGUGAAGGAAGGAACAGACGUGCUCAUAGACUGCUCACUGGCGGUAUCUGGGGGGGUCCAUUGGUUCUUGAAGCGUGAAAAUGAAAAGCUAGAACACCUGCUGUAUAUUUCUGGCGUCGGUAGGAUAACGCUUGGUAAGAACCGGAGAUUGGACUGCAGAAAAUCCACCGGUAAGGUUUCCCUGGUCGUCCAAAAAUUCACCAAACAAGACUCUGGGGAGUAUUACUGUGUCAUGGUCAAGACUCCCACCUUGGAAUUCGGCAACAUGGUCGCUCGCUAUCUGGAAGAAGUCAAAACGACUCCAAAGGCAACGGUGGCACCCACCAAGUCUCCAACAGUCGCGGCAACACGCAAGGAGACCACAUGUACUCCAGCCACAUCAGCGAUGAAGGAAGAUAAAGCGCUCUGCCACAUGUUCAUCUGGGCUCCUCUGGCUGGUGCGGCAUUUCUGCAGUUUCUGGCUCUGGUCGUCGUCUCCAUUGUUUACUGCAAAAGGCCCCGCCGGAGACGCUGCCAGCAUCAGUUCAAAAAGAGACCAAUGACUGAAGAUAUUAGAAGACCAUUAAAUAAUUACCAUUAACAAGUUAAUUCCGCAAAAACGUGUACAACCAUAAAUGGAAAUCCUGGAAUUCAACUCUACACCCCAGGGAAAUAAAGGAGGUUGCAUUGGAAUGAGCGUGCAGUCGGUCGAUGGAGCGCUGCCGAACCGGACACGUCUAUUUGAGUUGUCUUUAAAGAUUCUUCCUGAUCCUGGACAUUGUGUUUAUUUUAUGGCUAUGCUACAACGUCGAUCAAUGCCUAAAAGUGUUGGCAAUUAGUUUUUUUUCUCUCUAAUGUGUUUAACAAUUAAUUAAGUUGUGGAAUAACAAUCUGCAGGGGUUCUUUUCAAUUGUUUAAUGUGAAUUAUUUGAAAUCCCUGGACCGGCCAAAAUGCAAAGUCCCGUUCCACCUAUUGAGCCUUGGCCCCGAACACUGGGCUCCCCGAGCGCUGAACGUUUCCGGGACAAGUGGGGCUGGGCUGUUUCACAGUCCACGUGUCACAUCUUGAGCAUCUUGAUGUGUCAGGGUCUGGGAAACAACUGUCACAAGCAUUGCACUCAGCGAGGCUGUUCAUAAGUCAUAAGGUCAUGAGUGAUAGGAGCAGAAUUAGGCCAUUAGGCCUAUUGAGCCUACUCCACCAUUCAAUCAUUGCCAAUCUAUCUCUCCCUCCUAACCCCAUUCUAACUGCCUUCUCCCCAUAACCCCAGACAACUGAAUUAAUCAAGAAUCUAUCCAUCUCUGCCUUAAACAUAUCCAUUGACUUGGCCUCCACAGUCUUCUGUGAAAAUGAAUUCCACGGAUUCACCACCCUCUGACCAAAGAAAUUCCUCCUCAUCUCCUUCAUCAGUUGUGCUAACACGUGGCUGCAAACAUUGCCCAUCAGAUUUUGCACUUUGGUGGUGGGCCCGGGGCUCCGAAUGAGUUUCAGAGAGACUGACCAUACACCCCCCAGAGAUGCCGCCCGACCCGCUGAGAUACUCCAGCACUUUGUGUCUUUUCAUGUAAACCAGCAUCUGCAGUUCUUUGUUUCUACACAGAGAGCCUGGUAACCUCGGAAUGGUUAAUGGAGCCACAAGGAACUGCGGAUGCUGGAGUCUUGGGUCCAUGGGUUAAUUGGCCGCAGUGAAUUGUCUCCAAUGUGUAGUAUAACAAAUGCAAAAGUGGGCCGAAGGGUCUGUUUCCAUGCUGUAUAUUUCAAUCAAUGAAUCAAAAUACAAAGUGCUGUACUGCCUCAGUUGGUCAGGAAAAAUCUGAAUCAGCUUUAAAAAGGAUUCUGACCCCAGCCAUCACUUAUCCAUGUCCUCCAGAGAUACUAUCUGGCCCUUUAGGUUACUCCAGCACUUUGUGUGGAUGUUUUUUUUCUCGGGAUAAUUAAGUUUUUAGUCACAAUUGCUUUGUAGGCUCUGGAGUGACGCUGCUUCCCAGACAGUGAAGAAGUCAGUCCCAGGAGGAUGAUGGGUUGUUUGCAGAAGCUGCAUGGUUUCCUGCAGAUGGGCCCAGACCUUUUCAUUGGGGGCAGCACAGUGGCACAGCGGUAGAGUUGCUGCCUUCCAGCGCCAGAAACCCAGGUUCGAUCCUGACCUCGGGUGCUGCCUGCACGGGCUUUGUUCAUUCUCC